UGUCGUUAGCGCACAACAAAGGAAAAAAUUUAAAUUCUUCAACAAAACGAACAGUCCUCUGCUGUUGACUGCGGCUGCCACACCCACAUCCAACCACAACAUCCAACCACCAAGACAGCAAGACAGCAAGACAGCAAGACCGCAAGACAGGAGCGCAUCGUGCGGUGGUGGUGUAGACCUGAGUCUUCACACACACACACACACACACACACACACACACACACACACACACACACACAAUGUCGUGGUACCGAGACGGCCGAGGUGGUGGAGACGGCCGCCGAUAUGCCGGUGACGCACGGCGCUAUGACGAUGACUAUGCCGACGACUAUGCCGACGACUACGACGAGUACGUUGAUGACGGAGACGUCGGCUAUGGUCGCGACGACCCUUACUACAAUGACCGUGGCGACCCCCGCAGGCUUGGCCGCGCAUAUGCACAGGACGGCGGGCCCCGGCCCCGCGCGCCGCGGUCACGCCAUGCCUGGGGUACCGACACCCUGGCGUCGGAGGCCGCGCGCAGCGAGCGCAGCGGUUACGCUGGCAGCUACUUUGAGGUCGGCUCCACGAUGAACGGCACCGCACGCACGCGCAGGGAUCCCCGCGAUGACGCCGACGCCUACAGGUACAGGGACAGCGUGGAGUACGAAUACGACGAGACCAUGAAACGGCGCAGCGCAGAGUACCUCGGGCACAGGCAGCGCGCACGGGCAUACGACCUGGAAGAAGCAGACCGCAUGCGCAUGGAGAUGGAGAUGGAGAUGGACCGGUACCCGCGGCGUGACAGCUACGACCCUCGAUACCCCGAGGGCAGAGCCGCCUAUGCCGGCGGCCUGCACCGCGCAGACAGCCAGAUGUUCAUGUCGGAGCUGGAGAUGGCACUGCAGCGAAGUGCGGAGCGGCUCGACCCAUACGGCGCAUACCGAGGCGGGUACACACGCGAAUAUGACGACGACGACGACGACGAUGACAGAUACAACGACGACGACGACUCCCGUCGCCGUCGUCGUCGCCCCCACCGCCGCUCCUCUGCUGCUGACGAUGGUGGCGAUAUUGGCGAUGGUGAUGGUGACGGUGGCCGGCGUGGGUCGCUUGGCCCCGUUGCCGCGUUCAACUAUCCCGAUCACAGCGGGAAGCGGCGUAAGGACCGAGCAUCGAUGGCAUCGUCAUUCCGCUCACGCCAUUCGCGUGACGACCACCGCCACCGCCACCAUCACCGCCAUCAGGGUGAUAUCGCCACCACUGACGUUGAUCGUGCACACAUCGUGGCGAGUGAUGUGGAGACGGAGACAGACGACAGCCGCGAUGAUGUUGACCACACGUACGACUAUGGUGACAUGGGGCCUGGCGAGGGCGAGUACGCACUGGCAACGGACUUUGUGCCCGGCGUGGAUGAUGUUGCUGUUGAUGACGAGGAUGACCGUGCUCAUCUGCUGCGCGGGAAGAAGAAGGAGAAGCAGGUUCGGUUUCGCCGUUCCACUGCCACGAGUGUGGAGCACCUUGAAACCCUGGCCGCCAUGCCCAUCGAUGAUGACGAUGGUGAUGACGACGAUGAUGAUGAAGGGGGCGAGUUCUACGAGCUGAGCCGCCCUCCAAACCUCUUUACCUCACGCAAACCAGCGUCGGACACUCAAGACGACGGCAAGAGCAACAAGCGCGACAAAAUCCACUAUUACGGCGACGACGCUGCCAUGGAUUUGACAAAGAGAGAAUACGACACGCUGCGCCGCCUCACACGCAACGAGGACGAUGGGAGCGAGCUGUCAUCGUCAUCAUCAACGCCAUCCACAUCAUCAUCAUCAUCACCAUCAUCGUCGUCGUCCGUGUCAGGUUCAGACUCUGAAGAUGAUGGUGAUAGCGGUGGCAGGGGUGUGGUGGGCAGGCGUGGCCGCCCAGUCAGCAAAAUGUAUCUCUUUGACAGCGACGACGAUGAUGACGAGUUUUCAAGUUCAGACUCGGAGUCAGGUGGAGAAGGAGAGAGCGACGGAUUGGAGGAGGAGGCGGAUGAUUCCCAGGCGAGCGGGGAUGAGGGUGCAGUUGCGCAACGCACGUCUCUCGUGACCGUUGAGCGCGAAGAAGGGACGGAGGUGCUGGUUGUGGACGCAUCAUCAUCGUCAGCGGCGGCGGCAGCAGCGAGCACCACCACGGCAACAGCGAGUGGCCAUGGCCAUCAUGAUGAUGAUGGUGAUGGUGAUGAUGCUGCGAGUGUGGCCACAAACGUCACGGGGCUUGACGGUGGCAGCGAUGGCGACGAGCGUGGUGAUGCUGAAGUUGGGGCAAUCAUGACGCAAGAUGCGCAACAGAAACCCGCGACAGCCGUUUCCGGCGCUUUGGGAGAGCGGGAGCAGGGCGUGUACACACCAACACCCGAGACGAUGCAGAGGCAGGCCGAUCCCAGCACGGCCACGGAUGGCACUGGUGAUGUGCAGACUUCAGGCACACUCCGCACCGCUGUCACUGCCGUCACAGCAGCAACAGCGGCAACAGCAAGGACAGCAGCAACAGCAGCAACAGGAGCAACAGGAACUGCAACAGCCAUCACGACGGCAUCAGCAGCUAGCGCCGGGAGUGCAGUGAGUGCUGUCAAGACCACGGUCACCUUUACGGCGGCUGCGAGCGUGAUGACACCAACGCGCGACGGCGACAAUGAGCGAAAGGUCACAUUGCGCCGAUCAAAGCGCAGGCGUUCAUCGGCUGUGGAGGAGCUGCAGGAAGUUGCGGCCAGCAGUAUGCCGCAGUACGUGAACCUCCGGAACCGUCUGAAGCAGUGGGAGGAUGGUGUUGCCAGUGGGCAGGCCGGCGACGACGACAACUACGAGAAGGAGUUCUUCCGAGAAGAGGAAGAGAGCGAUGAGGAGGAGUAUGGUGAGGCCGUGCGCGGGGAUACGCUGCGCCCCCACAGGGACGACGACGACGACAAGACGCUGUCUGCUACGCUGCGACGCGCACGUGCGCGCCAGGAAGGACAGACAGCGCAGCUGACAGAAUCGGACCUGAAAGCCAUCUACGGCCGCGAAAUUCAAAUGUACUGCCCACGACAGCCGCACUUACAGCACCGUUACGGGAAGAAGAAGGAGUGCCACCACUGGCCUGAGCGCGUGCGCACACGCAAGGGGCGACAUGGGCAGACGUUUGUGGCGGUGAAGGACGCCGACAACAAACUGCAAGCGCGCACGCGUCUUGCGCGUUUGGAACAGAAGGAGCAGCGGAAACUGGACGAUUUGCGGAAGAAGGGGCGACUGCGCGGUCAAUUGCUGCGACAGCAGCAGUCGUCUGCAAAGUCAACACUCGGGUUCUUCACGUUGACGUAUUACUCGCUGUCGCUGUGGAUUUCGCGGCUGUGGCGCAAUCUCUACCAAUUCUUCACAACAUUCGAGCUCUUCGGACGACGGCUGCACGAGGUUGAGGGCCAGUUUGGAACGGUCGUCUACCAGUAUUUUGUCUUUGCCCGCUCUCUCAUUCUCCUCAACUUCAUCUGCGCAAUCGCCUGGGCUGCGUUUGUGAUUAUCCCGCAGUCGAUUCUGCUGCAGGAGCCGGAUGUGGACUUUGAUCCGAGCGAUCUCCUCACAGGGUCUGGGUACUUCCUCCAGACCACCCUCUACAUCGGCAGCUACUCAAACACAAGCAUUCCCUACGCUGGCCUGGACUGGGACAUGCCGACGGCAUAUUUGGGGACAGCGCUCGGGACGUUCUUGCUCGCCAUGGUGGCCAUUGUCAUCACGAUGGUGCGUCGCCACUUCAACAGCAUUGUCCGGCAGACAGACGGCAAGAACAUCUACCCGUUUCCCGACGCUGUGUUCUGCAGUUGGGAUUUCACCAUUAAGAAAGAGGUUGGAAAGAAGCUCAAGCAAGACCAAAUUGGCAACCAGUUUAAGGAUCUCCUGCGUCGGGCCCAGGCGCGGAACGAGCUGUCGACCGGCGAACGCGUCAAGCUGUGGGCGUGGCGCGGCAUGUGCAAUUUCCUCAUCAUGGGGUUGCUUGCAGGCUUUCUCUUUGGCAUUUACCGCCUCAGCAUUGCGUACGCAGAUUCUGAAGCGUUUUGGGAGCAGCUUUCAGCCCCUCUCACAGCAACACUGGGCUCCUCCCUCCUGCCAACCUUCGUCUACGGGUUGACGGAGGCGCAAAACUUCUCCGACCGUGCCAAUCUCAUCAAAGUCCUUGUGUUCUGGUCGUUUAUUGUGAAGCUUGGGCCAAUCUACGUGCUGCUCAGUUCAAGUCUCAGUCUCUCGACAGACGACUCGAUUGAGUGUUGGGAGUCGCAAGUCGGCGUUGAUCUGUUCCAGCUGCUCGUCCUCAACCUCCUCGCCACGUGUUUUACGACCGUCUUCGGUGAUGUUGGCCGAUGGGUUCUCUGCAACACCCUCGACUGCUUCAAGCCCCUCAGCAAAAUCACGGGCGAGCCCACAUUCCAGAUGGGAAAGAGCAUCAUGGACGUGAUUUACGGACAGGCGCUCGUAUGGAUUGCGUCGUACUUUUCUCCGUUUUCGAUUGUGUUCUCUGUGCUGAUGGUGCUGGCCAUUUUCUGGGUGAAGUACGCGUCACUGCGCGCGUUCCUUCAGCCGUUCACCAAGCACUACGUGAUUCGGUCCGACGACAACUACUCCUUGUGGGUGCUGCUUGUCACCCUCUUUCUCUGCAUGAUCUUCAUUGGGUAUACCAUCCUCUUCCUCGAGCCGUCAGACAACUGCGGCCCGUUCAGGGGCAUGGACACGGCGUGGAAUGUCAUCCAGCGACGCACGACGCGGUGGUCGGAGACGUUACAGGACGCGACCAACUUCAUCAUCAGCCCCGCGUUUGUUGUUCCGCUCAUCAUCGUCCUCUGCAUCGCGCUGAUGUACACGUGCAUGCUGGAUGCCACCGCGCAGCACGAAACGGACAAGAUCAGGGCCAAGCUGGACGAGCAAUUGCGGCUGAAGAAGCGGAUGGUGAAGAAGUUCAUUGCGCCGAAGAAGAAGAAAGCGCGAGGGAAAAAGAACAAGGCGCGCAGAUCAAACAAGAAGUGACAUGGCAUGACACGCGUGUUGGUUCCAUUCGCUCAUCCAACACACACACAUACACACACACACACACACACACACACACACACACACACACGCACACACACACACACACACACACACGCACACACGCACACACAUUCGCUCUGCUUUGUCGUUUUGUUUGUAGCUUGUGCACAAUUCACCUUUUCUGUAUGACUAGAGACAUGGUUUUGUUCAUGUCAUGAUUAUUAGACACCGCUGUUGCUUGUUCUUCAGACACGCGCGUUUGCUUUCGUUUUUGUUUUAUUUGGGGUUUGGCCGUGGUUGAGUGAUGUGACGUGACACACCAGCAGACAAUCAACACGAAACUAGCA